AAGACAGCUAUCUGUGAUCAGAGAUGGCGGACGCCUCCGACCCCCUGGAAGAUAUGCUGUUUUCAGAGGUGGAUGAGAAAGCUGUGAGCGACCUGGUGGGCUCUUUGGAGUCCCAGCUGUCCGGACAAAGCAACCCUGGAGGAAAAGCAGAGGAAAACGGAGGCUCCGUGGCCCCCGCUAACCAUCACUUGGGGAAAACGCUACCAGCUACACAGGAACAACAACAACAAGGACGGCGGUAUAAUAAACCCGAGAUGCACCAGGACGCAAACUGCAAAGAUAAAACUGUAACGUCUUCUCCUCCAGGAUGCACCGGUUCCUUUACCGAUCCUACCCCCACUUCUGCAGCCUGUGGCGGGUCGCAAUCGCACGGAGCAUCCCUCACAACACUGACCGCCUCUGGUGUGUCAACUUUGGCAUCGACGCCGGGCAGCAUCAGCACCACAUCCAGCAAGGUGAGCCCGGGGAAACGCGUAAGCACGCCGAGGAGAAACGCUUCUGCUCGGAUCAAGAGUUUGAACGGCGCCGCUAUACCGACCAGGAGGAACAGCAUCACGGGGGAAAACCUGAGCCCUCCCGUGGAUGCAACUACACCAAACUCUGCUCCUCUGGCGGUGACAGCCUCUAUUAAUGCUUCUACUUUCACUGUAUCUCAUGCAAACAUCCCUGCAGGACAGUCAGCUAUUGCUCUGGACCGGGGUACUCCCACUAUCGCUUUGCAGAGACUCCCGAGUCACAUUGUGGCGAGCAUAGCCCAAAACGGGACCAGUGUUUCGGCCUUGGUGCAGCAGGGUGCUCAAGUAGGAUCCACAGAGGCAGCAGAAGCAGCUCCACAGGGCAACCACAGCAAAACACUCACAGACACUUCCAAAACAGACGAUUGUCAGUCCAAAAUUGUAAUGUCAAGCCAGUCUAGUGGUGGUGUCAACUCUGUAAUAAACUCCUCUGUUGUCACAACACCACCAACAACAACAACUACAACUACUAUAACCACAGCAGCAGCUUCAACAACCACCACAACAACAGUAACCCAGCCUGUGAGCUCUGCAGCAUCUACAGCAGGUUCUGCAUGUGUGACUGCUCAGACUACAUCAGUGACCAACACUGUGAGCAUGAUCAGACCCACAACCCCUUCCCAAACCCCUGCUAUGAUUACCCAGUCUACACCCCCUCGUCCUGGACUCGCAGCACCUCAGAGGAUCGUGGCCCCCCAGCUGAUUGUCAGACCGCCUCAGCAACAGACCACCAUCCAGCUGCCCCCCGGGUUCACCAUCCCUCAGGGGAUGGUGCUGGUGCGCACGGAGCUGGGUCAGCUGGUGAUGGUUCCUCAGCAGGCGUUGGCCCAGGCCCAGGCUCAGGCCCAGGCUCAGGCUCAGGCUCAGGCCCAGAACAACAUCUCUCCACGGCCCGCCACCCCCACUACAGGAGCCCCCACCUUCAGAGUGAAGACCCCCCAGUCUCCAGUGACCCCUCAGCCCACCCGGCAGUGUCCUCCGGCCAAGAUGGCACCGUCUCCCUCUCCCACUCCUUCAAGCCCCGCCCUCCAGACCUCCUCCUCUUCCUCCUCUUCUUCCUCUUCUUCCUCCUCCUGUCCUGCACUCCGCCCAAAGGGCCCCGUGGCGCCGGCCGUGGCAGUGACGGCUCCGCAGCAGACCCCCGUGGUCGUGGCCCCCCCGGCCGCCUCCCAGCCUCCGCAGACGGGAGUCAACGCGAACACCGGAGGACCCAUCGUGUCCCAGGAAAUGCAGGAGAAUGUGAAGAAGUGUAAGAAUUUCCUGGCCACUCUUAUCAAGCUGGCGUCUCACAACUCUCCGUCCCCCGAGACCUCGAAGAACGUCAAGUCCCUGGUCCAGGACCUGCUGGAUGCAAAGAUUGAACCGGAGGAGUUCACCAGCCGGCUGCAGACGGAGCUCAAGUCGUCUCCGCAGCCUUACCUGGUGCCUUUCCUCAAGAAGAGCCUCCCGGCCCUCCGGCUGUCUCUGCUGAACAGUCAGCACUCCCUGACCCCGCCCCCGCAGCAGGGAGUCAAACCAGCACCCUGCGGCCCCCCCCCUGCCAUCGCGGCUGGGCCAGCUGUCCGCAUACGCCCCCCCAACAGCGUCAGCGUCACGGCGGGUGCAGGCGCGCCGCCCGCCGGGAUCGGACAUGCAGCUGGCAUGGGAAUGAGAGCAGGCGCUGUGAGUGGCCAGGUCCGGAUGCCCGUGGUGAUCACACAGUCGGUCAGAGCGCAAGGCACGAUGGGCAAGGGAGGCUUCAUCCAAGGCAAAAGUCCCAUGGCGGUUCAGAUGUGUGGGAAUCAGAAAAACAAGCUCAACGACCCCGGAGGAGGUUCUUUCAGGGACGAUGACGACAUCAAUGACGUGGCCUCCAUGGCCGGGGUGAACCUGAACGAAGAGAGCGCCAGAAUACUCGCCACCAACUCGGAGCUGGUGGGAACGCACAUCCGCUCGUGUAAAGACGAGGCCUUCCUCCACCCGGGGCUGCUCCAUCGACGGAUUCUGGAAACAGCUAAGAAGUUUGGAGUCACAGAGGUCCCGAUGGAGGCGGUCACGUUCAUCUCACACGCCGCGCAAUCACGACUCCGAACCGUCGUGGAAAAGGUCUCGACCAUCGCACAGCACCGACUGGACGCUUGCAAGGACGAAGAGUACGAGCAGUCUGCAGACGUCCGCUCUCAGCUGCGCUUCUUCGAGCAGCUGGAGAGGAUGGAGAAGCAGAGGAAGGACGAGCAGGAGAGAGAGAUCCUGCUGAAGGCCGCUAAAAGUCGCUCCAGGCAAGAGGACCCAGAGCAGGCUCGGCUGAAACAGAAAGCUAAGGAGAACAAUCUUGACUUUGAAGGAACCGUGAGAGACAAGAAUGCAACAAGCGGAACUGGCACAGAUGAGGCAGCGAGACGCCAACCUCACAGCACUAGCCGCCAUCGGACCCCGCAAAAAACGCAAAAUGGAUUCACCGGGGGCUACACCAUCAGGGACCGAGGUGUCAGGCAGCUCGGCGGGCUCCCCGGCCGGCUCCUCCGCCCCGUCCACCUCAUCGCGUCAGUACGCACGGCAGCGCAUCACACGCGUCAACCUCAGGGAUUUAAUUUUCUACAUGGAGCAGGAGAGAGAGACCGCCCACUCGCUUCUCCUCUACCGCGCCCUGCUCAAGUAGCCUCAACCUCCCCUCCACCCCUCCUCCCCCCUGCCACGUGCCUUCAGAUCAGGUCUAAUGUUUCAGCUCCGUGUCUCCAUGUGUGCUGUAGUGACGUUUCAUGUAGCUUUUAUUAAGAAGAGAGAGAGACAAAAGACCGAGAGAAAACAUACAAAAAUAAAUCCAUGUUUUAGAUUCACAAUGAGUAGGUAGAUCAUUGAGUUUAAAGGCCAUGCUACGGUGGCAGACAGGUGCAAACGCACUACAGAGCGGGAAAAAAACGUCCAUUAGGAGAAACAUGCUGCAGUUUCAAAUAUCAAAACACUUAUGUGCCAAAACACGUGCAAAUUAAAAACAUGUUCACCAACUUUGAGUUCACAUGCGCAGCGUUUACUACGAAACGCUAAUCAAACUACAAAUACAAA